AUGGAGCACCAAACACCCUCUGUUUUCCUUGGAAAUUUCCGGAAACGCAAAGUGCUGAGGGACCACCCUCUUGCUGGGCUGAAGCGCUUGUCGGCGGAGGCGGGCGGGUCGCCUCUCGGGCUGGACCCAAUGCAGGCCAACACUUCGCUCGAGCUGCAGCUCGAGCGCACUGCGGAGCGACUCCGGCCGCACGUCGCUCAAGCAGGCCACGGCGCGCUCGCCGCCCUCCUCGGCGUGUGCAACCGCGCCCUCGCGGAGACCUCCCGUCUCCAGGCGCUGCCUCCUCCGCCGCCGGUGGGCGCCGACGUGCAGGACGAGCAGCGCUCGCAGAUCGAGGACCUUCGCGCCGUCGAGGAGGGCUGCCUGAACGCGGAGGUUCGGCAGCUGCGCGCGCGGCUGGAGGAGAUGCGCGAGGAGAAGGCCGAGGUCGCUGGCGCGCUUGGCGAGGCACCCCGAGGUAAGACUUCUCGGACACGCCCCAGAGCCUCCUCGGACCCUCGCUGGCUCUCUCGGUUGUAG